AUGUUAUUCCGUUUCAUAUUCUGCUGGAUGAUGCAAGUUCAAAUAUUCAUAUUGAGUCAACCAAGUAACCUGUAAUAACCAAUAAUCUGAAAUUCAAGCUAAUCCUGACUUUUACUCAGCCCAUUGAAAGUAUGUGAAGUAUGUCAUCAAUUAACAGCAAUCCUUUGAUAAUCAUAUAGUUCAUUUGAUUGAUUAAAUUAUGUGAAUAUGUCAAAGGUGUUAAUUGUCAUAACACUUGACAACUAAAUGGCUGUUUUUUGCAAUAAAAUUGGCAAAUUUAUCCAAAAACAGAGAGGAUAAAAUCAAUGAUAAAAAAGGAUUUAGGUGUAAAUUGCUUCAUUUUGGUCAACUGGAUUCAAAUUACAAUCAGUUCAAUCAUAGAUUUUAACAGCUUGAAAUAGGCGUAUAAAAGGAAGUCAUCAAGUCCAAUCUCUUUCUGGUUGUGUUUUGGUGCAGUUUAAGUUUACAGGUUAAUCCUCCUGGCUGUAUGUCCAUGAAUGAUUAUCUAGUGGAAAUAAAUUCAAUGGAUUCGUUAUAACAAUACUAGAAAUCAACAUUAAUUAUCAACAAUAAACUAUCAUCAUUUUUACAACACGAUAAUUUUUUACUUAAUAUGUUCAUGUGAUCAAUGGUUUUCCAAUUUUCAAUGGCAUAAUGUUCCAGUUCUCAUAGCUGUGACUCUUCGUUCUUCACCUUCAACUAAUUGUUAACCUUUUUUUAAUUUACGUUAUAAUUGUUUUUGUAAUUAUAUCUCAUAGACAACCUCAUAUUUUGUUAAUCAUCAUAAUAAUUUUACAAUUUUACCUCUUAUUCAAUUUGUGAAGCUCAACCUUUUUUGCUUGUGCUACUGUUUAACAAAGACCUAACAAAGUGCAAGAAAGUGUGGGAAAUCUUCUGCUUCGCCAUUUUUCAACAAAGAGUUUAUUUGUUUACAAUGUGGUUGCCAACCAAUCUUAAAUUAAAUUGUAUAAUUUCAACCUUAUUAAUAUAUUUAAUAGUUUAUUGUGACUGUCGAACAGCAAAUAAUUUAAAGAUCGAGAAAACUGAAACAAAUAUUGGACUCAAUGGAUUAUGGCCGUCGAGAAGACCAUCAAUUCAUUACAUGCCUCUAUCAUCAGCUGCUCUUAGCCCCAUGGUAUUAAUUCCUGGCGAUGGAGGAAGUCAAUUGGAAGCUAAAAUUGACAAACCAGACGUUGUUCAUUAUUUUUGUCAGAAGAAAUCCCCUGAUUAUUUUAGCUUGUGGUUAAAUCUUGCUGAUUUGGUUCCUUUUGUUGUCGACUGUUGGGUCGAUAAUAUGAGGCUAGUUUACGACAAUGUUACUCGUAAAACGUCAAAUUCUCCUGGUGUCGAUAUACGCGUUCCUGGGUUCGGUAAUACAACCAGCGUUGAAUAUGUUGAUCCUAGUCAAGUUUCUGUUUCUGGUUAUUACAAUCAAUUGGUAAAAGUCAUGGUGGAAAUGGGAUAUUCCCGUGGUAAUACUAUUUUAGGUGCUCCAUAUGAUUUCAGGAAAGCUCCGAAUGAAAUGGAGGACUUUUACAAUCAAUUUAAAACUAUGAUUGAAAGUAGCUACACUAAGCUAGGGAAAAAAUUGGUACUCGUUUGUCACUCAAUGGGAUGUCCGAUAACAUUAUAUUUUUUGAACAACCAAAAACAAGACUGGAAAGAUCGCCAUAUUCGUUGUCUGAUCAGUCUUGCUGGAGCCUGGGGAGGAGCAGUUAAAUCAUUGAAAGCUUUCACUUCGGGUGAUAAUUUAGGAGUCAUUGUUUUACCUGCAUUAAAAGUUCGUAAAGAUGAGCAAACAUUUCCUAGUUUAGCCUAUCUUAUGCCAACGGACAAAUUUUGGCCACACGAUGAGGUUAUCAUGUCGACAACCGAGUUGAAUGUUACAACUAGCAAUUACAAAGAAUUUUUUGAUCUUGUUCAAAAUACUGAUGGAUAUGAAAUGUGGAGAGAUGUUCGUAAUCUGACUUAUGAACUCAAACCUCCUGGUGUUGAAGUUCACUGUCUCCAUGGAACUGGUAUCGACACCAUGGAAUACCUAGAUUAUCGAAAUGUAAAAUUUCCUGAUCAUCAGCCAAAAAUAACAUUUGGACCAGGUGAUGGUACUGUUAAUGAAAGGAGUCUUAAAGGUUGCCUACGUUGGCAAACUCAACAGACGCAACCAGUUUUUUAUAAAAAUUUCACCAAAGUUGAUCAUAUGUCCAUUUUAGCGGAUCCUUUGGUCAUUGCUUACAUUCGAACAGUUGUUACCGCAGAAUAAGUCAAUCUUCAGUCUAUCCUUCGACCAUUGAUGGAACCGAUGAUGAAAACGGAAAGGGAGCUCAGUAACCAUCUUCAAAAUUCACAUUUCCCUUUAAAAAAUAAUAAAUUAAAUUGCAAUUUUAUAAUGAAA